CCCCUUGUCUCAUUUUUGCCCAAGUCUCUUCAUCUCUUACCAUGGCCUCUGGUGAAAACUGUGUUGAACACGAGCUUCCUGUAAGCACUGGUGAAGACUAUAAAACAAGGAGUGAGCAAGUGCAACGAGCUCAGUGGCUUCGCGCCGCUAUCCUCGGAGCAAGUGAUGGGCUGAUAUCAACUACAUCACUAAUGCUUGGUGUUGGUGCAGCGAAAGAUGAUCGUUGGUCGAUGAUCCUUUCUGGAGUAGCUGGAGCUGUUGCUGGAGCUUGUAGCAUGGCCGUGGGGGAGUAUGUUUCUGUUUCAACUCAAAGAGAUAUCGAAAAGGUUUCACUAGGCCAAAGCAGCAGUACUUUAAAUAGUGUGUUGAGGGAGAGAGAUGGUAAUGGUAAGGUGGUUAAGCUUAAUAUUCCUGAAUCGAGUUUCACAAUAUCAAUUGAACUGACACCUUCAAGAAGACCAAGCCCAUCUGAAAAACCAACUGGUGAUGCAACCGAGAAGACACCAACGAAGAUCAACAUGUUUGAAAUUAAAGACACUGAUGAAGAGGAGUCACUGCCAAGCCCUUCUAAGGCAGCCUCAGCCUCAGCGUUGGCAUUUCUGCUUGGUUCACUUGUGCCUUUACUGUCAGCCAUUUUUAUUCCUCAAAAUUCAUUGAGAAUGUUGGUGAUUGUGGUGGUGACAUCAGUAGCUCUAGCCUUGUUUGGAGCUAUUGGAGCUCGUAUGGGUGGUUCACCUGUUCGGAUAUCUGCAAUUAGAGUUCUGGUUGGAGGCUGGAUAGCCAUGGCAGUUACUUAUGGUCUGCUUCGACCUUUCGACAAAGAUGGUUCAAAAGGUUCCACUGACAAGAACUGAUAUAACAAGAAGCGUGAAACUGGAGUUGGAUGCGAUCUAGUAUCAUAUAAUAUCCACAUUGUAAACCAUAUAGUAUGGUAAAUUUACAUUUAGGUUUAUGAAGUGAAAAUCAUCUUUUGCAGCGAUAGUGAAGCAGUA